GAGAAUUUAGAUCAGUUGGUCACAAAAUAUGACCGCCGCAAGUGUAGUUGCUGAUGAAACUAUAGAUUAAAGUUUAAAUUUUGAUAAUGACAACCAUCGAAGACACUGGCAGCAGCAAUAAAGCAUCUGGAAUUGAAUUUGCCAUCGGUGCCUUGGCUGCUGUAGGAGCAGGAUUUUUUACGAAUCCAGCUGAAGUUAUUAAAAUUCGCCUUCAGUUACAAGGAGAGCUGGAAGCUAGAGGAUCUUACAAGAAAAUAUACAAAAACACUUUUCAUGCAGCAUUCGUUAUUACAAAACAUGAAGGAAUAUUUGCUCUGCAGGCUGGUCUUGUGCCAGCACUGGCAUUUCAAGUAGUCCUAAAUGGAAUACGAUUAGGAGUUUAUAAUACUGCCAAGAAUUACGAACUAAUUUUAAAUGAAAAAGGCAAUACUGAUAUUUUUAAAACUGUAGCAGUAUCUGGAACUGCGGGAUCUGUGGGUGCUGUAAUUGGAAGCCCCUUGUAUAUGAUAAAAACACAAAUGCAAGCGCAAUCGGCUCAGUGCUUGGCUGUUGGUCAUCAACAUAGACAUUCUGGAACAUUGUCUGCGUUUCGAUUAUUGUGGAAGGAAGGUGGAUUUUCGAGUUUAUACCGAGGGUGGUAUGCAAAUGUUCCGAGAGUAUUUGUUGGCUCAGCGACACAACUGACAACAUUUGGCUUAGUAUCCGACGUUUUGAAAUCCUCUCAAAUAUUUACGGAUCGGCCAAUCCUUUUGACAUUCGUAGCUUCUCUGAUUGGCGGAAGUUGUGUUGCACUCACGAUGCAACCUUUUGACGUCCUUGCUACCAGAUUGUACAAUCAAGGUGUCGAUACAAAAGGAAAAGGAAUGCUGUACAGUGGACUCGGUGAUGCCUUUAUUAAAAUCUUCAAAACCGAAGGCCUCACCGGUUUGUACAAAGGUGUGUUCCCCACAUGGAUGAGGAUAGCACCGCACACAGUUUUAUGUUUAGUAUUUUAUGAAGAAUUAGCUCAAUUAUAUGCUAAAUUUAAUUAACUAAUAAUUUGCGUGAUUUUAAAGUUAUAAUGAAAGCUGCAAACGACAUAUAAACUCAAAAAUAUUCAUAAUUUUGUCAUAUUAAGUUGACACUUUGCAUGUAAAAUUUUUUUUUUUAAUCGGCGGAUAUGGUGUUUUUUGAGACUUACUUUUAUAUUGUCAGAGCAGCACCUAUAUUAAUAAUCUUGUAAACAAUAAAUAAAAGUUAAAACUAGUCUCAAUACUAUAAAAUAUCGUAAAUCGAAUUAAACUAUUUUAAUACUUUAUAACGAAUUUUUUAUUUCUGAAUUCAUAGGAAUUGAUUUAAUUACUGAUAAAAAAAUAUGAUCGAGGGGUUGAUCACUCUUGAACUUU